UUGGGAGCUGCAGUCCCCAAUCGAAGCAGCAGCAGCAGCUCCAUCUCGAGCUUCUCAUAUCCGAGCUUCAGUCGGCAAUCGAAGCGGCUCCUCUCCGAGCCGCAGUCGGCAAUCUCCCUUUUUAAAUUGCAAUCCGCAAUCAAAGCAGUCCUUCCCGGAAUACAAUCAGAAACAGGUCCUGUUUCGAAUUCAGUCUCCGAGUUUCAAUUGGUGGUGGGUGGGAACCCAGCAUCUAUAUAUAUAUAUAUCUGGCCUGGUGGCAAUUCACGGCAACUCGUGAGGCUUGAGCUUUCAAAUUCAGGCUAAUCAAUUCUUCUCGCGCCUCGGCAGAUCUACGAGGGAGCCAUGACGAAAGGCAAGAGAGCUGAUAGGCUCAGCGAAUUGCCUGAUGACAUUCUGGUCAACAUUCUUGACCGACUCAAUGUCCGCGAGGCUGCAAGAACCAGCGUCCUCUCCAGACGAUGGACUCGACUCUGCGCCAAGCUGUCUCGACUUAUAAUAAGUGCUCAGCACUUCCUUCCCAAGGGCAUGUUAUGCACCGACAUCUCUGAUGAUGAAUUGGUCCGCAUCAAUGCCGCGGUGGUCCAAGCGAUGGAGAGCAUAUUGACACGCAGAAUUCCUGGAGAACACACCAUCCGCCUUCUCUCCACGACGUUCUACUUGAGAGAUGAUGUCCCCAUAUCCAUUGGGCAUGCGGUUGGUCAUGCCAUGGCGGCACACUUGGUCGAGAAUGCCAAGUUCACUGUUAUGACAGGAAAGUAUGACAUCAUUGACUUGGACAACGAUGCUCUGGUCAACGCCGGGAGAAAAUUCAUGUUGUUCUUUGAUGCCUGCCCAAGUGCAUUUGGUGGUCUCACUAUGCUCGACCUAGAGAAUUUGAGAUUUGGUGAAUCGGACAUAUCCAACGUCCUCAUCACUUGCAAGCGGCUGAAGCAUUUGCGAUUGUACAAUUGUGACUCUGGUGAUUGCAGCACUCUGCAACUUGAACAUGCUCAUCUCAGUGAGCUUAGUAUUUCCCACUGUAAGCUCGCACAAGUUCAGCUAAACUGGCUCCCUCAACUCACAAAGAUCGUCUUUGAAUGUUGGCUGCGUUUCCAAGAUCCACUGUUUGUUGGUCAUGUCCCAUUGCUGGAGGCUGUAAGCCUCACUAAUCUCGCCCUUAGUCACAACAGGAUGGUCGAGUUAAGUGAGUUUCUUAGCGGUACCUCUAUACGAGAUCUGAAGUUGGGAUUUAAUUCCGAAAAGAUUUGGGUGCAGCCAGAAUGCCCGACGCAAUACCUGGCAUCUGUUUUCUGCCAACUAAGGUUUGUGAAUCUAGCUAAUCUUCCUGAAGGGUAUGAUCUCAGCUGGACGAUGUUUAUUCUUGAAGCUGCACCCUUACUGAAGGAGCUAUUCAUGACGGUAUGGGAUCAUGCGUGUUUAACAGAAACGGAUGAAGAGAAGAGGAAAGAAGAUUCAUAUAGUGAGAACAAGGGUGUAGAGUGGGACUCGGCCACAGCAGGCUUCCAACACCACAGUUUGGACACCCUCGUCAUCAUUGGCUUUGAAUCCGAAGAUUGCUUAGUGAGUUAUGUCAGACGUGUUAUGGUGGUGGCGGUCAAUCUUGCAGACGUGUACCUGUAUAGUAGGUUGGAGUGUGGCAACUGCGAGGAGAAGCCAAACAGGUACCCCUGGACUAAAAGGCAGAGGGUCUCACUGAAGAGGAGGCUCACAGCUGGGAUUGAGUCAUUUGCCAUAUUUCACUUUGGUGCCAUGAGGACUGGCCAUGUAGCAAGAAUGGAGUACCCACAGUGCUCACUGCUUGAGGCAAAAAGGUUUUUCACGUGAUGCAAAGAAGGCGGUUGAUUUCACAGUGAGCUGCAUUAGAGUGUUGUUACUUUGGUCAAGAGUUUAGUCCUUUUAUAUAUUUUGACCGCAUGAACUGAAUUAUUGUUGGCUGGCGAGGUUGUUUCCCUGGCUUCAGCUGUAGGCCAUGCAUCGUUUGUAGAGGCCCCCUUUCUUACAGAGAGGGCCACUCCCUGGUUUAAGUUGUUCGUAGAAACGAGACUUUGUGGUUUCUGAUCUAUGGAAAUCCGAGAGGCAGCUCUCUUUUAU